AGCUCUGUUCAUCCGUUUGGUGCUCCUCCAUGUAGACCAUUCUUCAAGGAAACUUCAGAAAUCUAAACACGCCAAAUCAAAAGAAGAAAAAAAACAUAAAUAAAUAAAGAAAAACACGCAAUAAUUUUCAAGCCGCCAUUGUCAAGCUAAGCCAUGUUGAAUUAAUGUAUGUGGUUUUGCAUGAUGAGUGUCACAAAGUCACAACAAUAAAUAAAUAAUCAAUCCCAACCAUCGUAUAUAUAUAGAACCUCUCUGCUCUCAUUGUUCCACCACACCAUCUCAAACAAAGAACAAGAACUUAAACAUAAAACACAGUUUCAAUUUUCAGAGAGAAUCAAUCUAAAGAUGAGUCCUAAGGCAUUGCAAGUAGUGAUCUUUCUUGGUUUCUUGGCUACUUCAUGUCUCUCUCAAUCUCCGGCGCCGGCACCAACCACCACCGUUUCUCCACCGACGUCACUUCCUCCGGUGACAGCUGAAACACCUUCUCCAGUUGCUUCACCGCCGGUUCCAGUUAGCGAGCCAACCACCGCUCCAACCACUUCUCCAACAACAUCUCCUGUUGCAUCUCCUCCUCAAACCGAUGCUCCAACUUCUGGUCCUUCCUCUGGAUUAACUCCUACUUCAGCUCCGGCUGCCGGACCAGACGCAGCUGCUGAUGCGCCUGGAAGCGCCGCAUGGGCUAACCAAGCUUUCCUCGUGGGAACAUUUGUUGCCGGAGCAUUAUACGCUGUCGUUUUGGCUUAGAGAUCUUUUGAGUUCGGUGGAUGCCUUGAUCCUCUGCUUUUCGAUUACCGUUUUAUUAAUUACUUCUUUAUCUGUGAUUUUUAUUAUUAUUAUUUGUAUAAUUCUUAUUGUCAUGAGGAUGGACAUAGAGAGUAGACGAUAUUGUUAUCCAUUUUUAUAUAAACUAAAAGUAUUCCUUCAAAUUA